AAAUAAAAAAUCACCAUCAAUGGCUGCCGAAAGCGUGUUUUGAAUCCAUCUUUAAUUUUAGUGAAAUUUAAUUAAAAAGCAAUUAAAUAAGUAGCAAUUAGUGUUUAAAUAUCUAAGUUAGGGUAUAAUCUUAGUUGGGGACUAUGUAAUGUGUGUGUUUAUAGUGUAGUAAAGUGUUAAAAUUUAAGACAAUAUAGUGGCUUGGCAAUCAUGACGCAGUUUUUGCCACCCAAUUUAUUAGCGUUAUUUGCGGCAAGGGACCCGAUUCCUUACCUUCCUCCAGCCGCAAAACUUCCUCACGAGAAGAAACAAAAGGGCUACGAUGGCGUCGGAGCAUUCCUCAACAUUUUUGAGCACCCAUCAGAAACUCCCCCACCAACCCGAGUGGAGACAAGAGAAGAACGACUGGAGCGCAGACGGAGAGAGAGAGCGGAGCAGACAGCGUACAAGUUAGAGCAGGAGAUUGCGCUAUGGGACCCCACGACAAAUGCGAGGGCCACUAUGGACCCUUUCAAGACUCUGUUUGUGGCUAGGAUUAACUACGAUACUUCAGAAUCUAAGUUACGGAGAGAGUUUGAAGGUUAUGGAGCGAUUAAAAAAAUAUGCAUGAUAUACAACAAAGACAACAACAAACCCCGCGGUUACGCCUUCAUCGAGUACGAACACGAACGCGACAUGCACUCCGCGUACAAACAUGCAGACGGGAAGAAGAUUGACGGAAAGCGGGUACUAGUCGAUGUCGAGAGGGCUCGCACGGUUAAGGGAUGGCUGCCGAGAAGAUUGGGCGGAGGACUGGGCGGCACACGUCGCGGCGGCGCCGACGUCAACAUCAAGCAUUCCGGCCGCGAGGACAACGAGCGCGAGCGGGAGCGAUACCGCCUCGAGCAGCGCGAGCGAGACGAGCGGCCCCGCCACGACGCCAGGCCUGACCGGACGCAGACGGCAGGCGGUCGCAGGCGGUCUCGGUCGCGGUCGCGUCGCCGCUCCGCGUCGCGUUCCCGCAGACGCGAUCGCGAUCGCGAGCGUGAGCGCGACCGAGAGGCGCGGGAGCGCGACCCGGAGGAUGCUGAGCGCACCGCGGCCCGUCGUCGUCGCUCGUCUCGCUCUCGCUCCCCGCGGCGGCGCGAGCGUCGGGAGCGCGACAAGGAGCGCGAGCGCGAGCGCGACAAGAAGCGCUCGCGACGCGACAAGGAGCGGAAGGAGCCGAAGGUCAAGCCGGAGGAUAUUAAGAUCAAGGAGGAGCCUAUGGACGAUUAUCCAGAAUUCAGUAUGGCGCCCCUGGACGUGCAGAUCAAGCAGGAACCGAACGAGGACGAGAAUAAAUACAACCCGGAAGACACGAACGGCGAUGAUUAUAACUAUUAGUUCUAUAGCUAUUCACAUGAGAGCACUUGGUAAGGUUUGUGCGGUUUCUCACGGUAAAGCGCGGUUUUUGAAGGUGAAAUUACGGUGUUUUAGAGCUCUGCCUCAUUAGGACGCCAAUGGCGACGUCGCCGGCUACGUAUCCAAGCAGUUAAUAUUGAAAUGUAUGGUACCUAACUCACAUGGCGACGGCUUGGCAACGUCACCAAAUUGGUAGCGUGGCCACGAGCUACAGUUCUCUACGUGGCUUCUGGAUACUCUGGCAGCUUGGCGACGUAGCCGUGGUUGCCACUAUAAUGUACACGGACGUCGCCAUGGCGUCCUAGUGAGGCAGAGCUUUUAUGGUAAAAUUGCUGUUUUCGACGUUAAUCGCGACAUUUUCGGUAAAAUACGGUUUUCCAAAGUAGUAACGGGUUUAUGGAAGCGAAAAAGACGGAAUUUGCCGUGAAUGUUACGGUGUUUUUUAUGCGAGCGAUGAUGGUUUUAUCGAUAUUAAAAGUUAUGUGAAUUAAACUUAGAAAAGUAUGUUGUGUGAAUUUGUAAAGCAAGAAAAAACCUUAGCAUUUUACGGCAUAGACACCGUAUUUUAUACGGAAAACCUUACUUGCUAUUAAUCAUAAUUAGUACUUUUCGCCGUACCGAAAACCGUUAUUUUCCCCAAAGAAAAAGCCGUUCUUUUCAAAUAAAACUUUGUGCGUAUAAAAGCCUUAAAGUGCGAGAAAAAUCUACAAUAUUAUAAUUCCAUUAUUUCAAGUUUAGGUAAAUAAUACCUAGUGUUGAGAUCUCUCAUAAAUAGUCAAGUUUGUAAUUAUGUAAGAACUCUGAUUAAUAUAAAACAAACCAAUAAAAUAAAUACUUUUAUCAAUAUCUUGUUUUAACAGAUUCAGCCAUUGAAAAAUCUAUACUAAUAUUAUGUGCAAAGCUGUAGAAUUUGCUUGAAGUUCGUAUGUACAUUCUAAGUAUAUCUUGGACACCAAUGACUGUGUUUCGGAUGGCACGUUAAACUGUAGGUCCCGGCUGUCAUUGAACAUCCUUGACAGUCGUUACUGGUAGUCAGAAGCCAGUAAGUCUGACAAUCAGUUUUAUUUAGGGGUAUUGGGUUGCCUGGUUAACUGGGUUGAGGAGGUCAGAUAGGCAGUCGCUCCAUGUGGCACACUGGUACUCGCUGCAUCUGUUUAGACUGGAAGCCAACUCCAGCAUAGUUGGGAAAAGGUGAAGGAUGCUGAGUUCUUUCAACAAACUCUUCAGCUUUACUUUAUAAUAUUAUAAUAGUAUAAAUUAAUCCAGGAGCAAUUUAAAUGGAUUUUAAAAUAAAAGUUCUUUAGAAAAAAUAAUAUCAAUUAAAUAUGUCUCGUCCGUUUUAAACUAUUGAUUGAGGAGCGUCCGGUAUAAGUUAUGAAAUAAAAAUAUGGAUACAAUUGAA